AUGUCAGUUUCAGUGCUUCCCCCGGCGGGAAGUAAUAUCCACCAGGCUUCCACUGUUGAUACCGGCCCGACCAAGAGCCAACUCCGAGCACUAUGGGCCCAAAUUCUCCAGCAAGAUGCGACCGACUUUUCAGAAGAAGAUGUAUUUUUUGAGGUUGGAGGCGACUCCAUUACAGCCCUGGACCUGGCGACCGCUGCCCAGGCCCAGGGGAUCCUUCUCACUGUGGAACAAAUCUUUAUGAAUGCCACCUUGGAAGAAAUGGCUCGAGAAGCACUUUCCAGUAGGCCCACACAAGAACAUAAGGUCACAGUAUCUAAACCAGUCGAACCAUUUGGAUUACUGCGUGCCGAUAUUUCUGUGCCCGACCUGACUCAGGCGAUUGGCAACGCAUGCGGCGUGGCUGCGGAUCGAGUCAAAAAUGCCUAUCCCUGCACGCCGAUGCAGGAGUCGCUGGUGACGCUAUCCGAAGGAAGUGAGAACCUGUCAGUGCGACAGCUCGUCUACAAGUUGGAUGACGACUUUCUUCUGGACCGAUUUCAACAAGCAUGGGUCGCCACCGUCCGCGCGAAUCCGGUUCUACGCACCCGAAUCUGUCAACUGGAGGGAGAGCUGAGAUUUAUCCAGGCAGUGAUAGAUGAAGACAUGCUGUGGAAUACCUCGGCCACGGAUUUGUCUCGAUUUCUGGAAGAAGAUGCAAAUCAUCUAAUGAAGUUGGGGGACCGGUUUUUCCGUUACACCAUUGUCGUAGACAGCGAGAAAUGGUAUUUUGUCUGGACGGUACAUCAUGCCUUAUGCGAUGGUGCAUCACUAAUAGAAAUCCUCGAAGAAGUUUCAACACGAUUCUGCAACGAGAAAACUAUACAGCGUGCCCCCUUUGAGCAGUUUAUCGAAUCAACUAUCAGAAGAGAUCCAAGCCAGGAGCAGGAGUUCUGGGAGCGCACUCUAUCUGGCAUUGACGUGACUACAUUCCCUACGCUCCCGCAAGCAAUUGAUUUUCAUGCCAAUCCAUCCAGUACACUCGAACGGCCGAUUGCCCUCACGGAACGUGCACCAUUUGGCAUCACCAAAGCUCUGUUGCUGCGAGCUGCAUGGGGCAUGUUGUUGUCACACCAUACUGGAACAGAAAAUGUAGUGUUUGGGGCUAUUAACAAUGGGCGAAACUCAUCCGCCGUACCGGGUAUAUCGCAAAUAACAGGCCCAACUAUCAAUCUACUUCCCAUUGUUCUGCAAAUUGACCCAAAACAGACCGUUGCCUCGUUUCUCAGCUCGGUUCGAGCCCAGGCGGCAGAAUUGAUGCCCUUUGAGCAAACUGGCGUGUCCAAGAUUCGUAGCUAUUUGGCAGGGAAAGAAUCUACAGCGACCGACUUCCAGACCGUCUUUGUUGUGCAUCCUGCCGAUUUUGGCGAGGCUGGAGCGCCUGCGCUGCAGAAGCUGGGGGUCGAGUAUGUGGACCACCUAGGGAAGACUGAGCAACACUCUUAUCCAAUGGUGGUUUCUUUAACACUGUCUACUGAUACAACUGCCACAUUCAAGAUCCAGUAUGAUGAGCGCGUUGUUUCAACACAGCAGGCUCUUAAUCUUAUCCAUCAAUUUCAAGCCUUGACCUUGAAUCUGAGCAACGCCACAGCCAAUACAUUGCUGGAAUCUGUCUCCUCACUGAGUGAGAACGAUAUUGCCCAGAUCCGGCAAUGGAAUCAAUCUACCCCACCCACCAAUCAUGCAUGCAUCCACCACCUUUUUGAGAAGCAGGUACAGGAAAACCCCGAUGCGGAAGCAGUUCGCUCCCUAGAGCGAUCUCUGUCUUAUGCCGAAGUGGACAAUCUCUCGUCGGUACUCGCGUUGCGCCUGGUUGAACUUGGUGUGGACCUGGAAACACCGGUAGCCGUGUGCUUUGAGAAAUCCAUUUGGACAGUGGUAGCCAUAAUGUCAGUUUUUAAGGCUGGGGGGAUAUAUGUUCCCAUCGAUCCCGCUCACCCUCGAGGUCGCAUUGUCGAAGUGAUCCAGACAGUGCAAAUCAAGGUGGCUAUAACUUCGAAAGAGGGAGCCGGGGUGUUGGAUGGCCUCUGUGGCUCCAUCAUCACGAUCGAUAACCCACCGACCUCAUCUGCCAAGAUACAGGUUCCGGAACAUGUACGGACGAGGGUGCAGCCAUCCAACACUGCUUAUCUUCUAUUCACCUCUGGUAGUACUGGAAAACCGAAAGGAGUGCUGAUGUCGCAUUCUGCAUUUGCGACCUCCAUUAUUCACCAUGGACCGGCAUUUGGCGCCAGCCCACAGUGGAGAACACUUCAGUUUGCCGCCCACACCUUUGACAUUUCCAUGACUGAGUUCUUUACCACUCUAGCCUUCGGAGGCUGUAUCUGCGUACCAUCCGAGCAUGAUCGUAUGAAUGAUCUCGCCGGGGCCAUGACGGCGUUGAAAGUAAACGUAGCGCUGGUCGUCCCCACUGUCGCCAAUUUGAUUUCCCCAGAGCAAGUUCCGACACUAAAGACAUUGGUCCUGGGAGGAGAGCCUGUCACGAGGGAGACAAUCACAAGAUGGGCCAACCAUGUCGAUCUCACUGCUGGCUAUGGUCCAUCCGAAACAGCAGUGUACUGCUCGGGCAAUCUGAACGUGUCGGCAGACGCCCACCCGGCUGACAUUGGUCGGUGCAUCGGAGGGACAAUGUGGAUCGCCAAUGCCGACAACUACCACCAACUCACUGCAAUCGGUUGCGUUGGUGAGAUUGUCAUCUCUGGCGCGCUUCUUGGAAGUGGGUACUUUGGAGACCCUGUUACCACCAAUAAGGCCUUUGUACCUGCACCAGCAUGGUUGGAGAAUUUCAAUCCGUCCAGUCCAUACAAAAUGCUGUAUAAAACCGGCGAUCUGGCGCGAUACAACCCAGAUGGGACAUUCCGCAUUGUCGGCCGCAGCGACACGCAAGUCAAGUUGCGUGGAUUCCGAAUUGAAUUGGGUGAGAUUGAGAACCGGAUUAAGGAAGAUGGCAAGGUCGUUACUGCUCUCGCCACCCUUCCAUCUAAAGGCCCCUGUGCACGCCAAAUCGUGGCGGUAGUAUGCUUGAAUCGCUCCGACCUGGGGAACCACGGCAGCAGACCUGAUACGAUCCUUUUGGCAGAGAAGCAACAGAAUGAGGUCCUGGAACAAGUCAAAGCCCGCAUUUCGCUCACCCUUCCGGAUUAUAUGAUCCCUUCCAUUUGGACGUGGAUUGAGCAGAUGGAUCCGGAGACACACAGAGAGGUGGUAGGAGACGUGGACGUUGGAGGGCCGACCGAAGUCACUCCAGGGACCACCGCAGAUGCUAUCCGGCAGAUCUGGGGAGAUGUACUGAAAGUGUCCCCGGAGCAGAUCGGCUUGAAGACUUCUUUCUUUUCUCUUGGCGGAGAUUCCAUCGCCGCGAUCCAGGUGGUGUCCAAAGCCAAGCAGGUAGGACUGCCUAUCACCACCCGCGGCAUUUUAACCCAAAAGACGCUAGGAAAUUUGGCCAUUCUAGUAGACCAGAAUCAACAAUCUGAACCGCGGGCUGUCGAGAAGGCUGUUGGCCCUCAGGGCGUGGAUGGAACUCUCGCUUAUUCGCAUAUUCUACAGUCUCGCCUCGAAGGCAAACCAGAAGUGAAAAUCGAGGACUCGUAUCUGUUCACUCCUAUCCAGCGAGAGAUAUUGAGACAAAGAGAAAUCAACCCAGCCAUUUUCGUCCUUUCGUGGAAGAUGGAAUUCACUUCCCUGAAGUCGCAACCAAUUUCCCUAGAGCGCCUCGCAAGAGCAUGGAACUCGGUUGUGCAGAAGAACCAUAUUUUGCGAUCCAUAUUUAUCAAGGACCCUGAAGGAAAGCUACCAUCAUUGCAAGUUGUGCUGCAAAACGCAGAACCUUCCAUUGCCAUAUCGUCAUCCAACCCCGGGGAGCAUGAGCCGACCACGGACGAGCUAUUACCCGCCCUGGACGACUGCUUCUUGCCGCACCGGGCUCACUUCUCGCGACGUGGGGACGCCUUCUUCGGCCAUAUCGAACUGGACCAUCUCGUUAUCGACGGAUGGUCAUUUAGACUCAUCAAAGAGGAUCUGUUAGAGGCAUACGACUCCGCCGACGCAAAUCUCUCCCCGCCCCUGUUCACUUUCAAGUCCGUUGUGAACGCUCAUCAGCCUAGCCGUGUUGACGAGGACAGAAAAUACUGGGCUCCUAUUCUACGUGACCAACGACCAUCACUGCUAUCCUUCCCAGUAACCCUACCAGGAUCUGAGCGUUCUCCGAGUCUCAGAAAGACUAAGAUCUACCUUCCCACUUUCGACAUUGCAGCGCUAUCAGCAUUUAGCUCCCAAUAUAGCAUCACUGCCGCCAGCAUCUUCGAUGCCGCAUGGGCGCAGACCCUCAGCAUGUUCUCCGGCUCACCCGAUGUGACCUACGAAUAUGUCGUCUCCGGGCGCGACCAGGAAGUGGACGGGAUAUUCGAGAUCGUCGGUCCAGUGAUGAAUCUCCUCGCUUACCAUCUCCGCGACGUUUCAACGGAGGAUAGUGCCGAAGAAUUGGCCAAACUGGCUCACCAAAUCCAAGACCAGAGACUGCAGGAUGGAGGCCAUACCGGGGCCAAUUUGCGUGAGGUGGUCCAGAACGAUUUGAAGAUGGGGUUGCCGUUCAACACGGCGUUGAAUUUCCAACGACGACCUCUUGGCGUGCAAACCGAUAGCUUGAAGGUCUAUGAUCAUUUGAAGCGAUCAAAUGAUCCUUGGCAUUUCGAUGUCUUGGUGCGGAUCUUACAUAUCAUGGAUGAUAACAUUAUUCGGCCUUCGAUAGAGUUUGACGCGAGACUGUUUGAUGAGGAGAGAAUGAACGAGGUGGCAAAUGUUUUCUGGAGAAAGGUUCAAAUUGCUCUUUCGUAA